AUGCGGCCAUUGCGAAACAUCCAUAAAGAUCUGGUGGUCUCGCCGCGUCUGGGCGCUGUACUCAUGCGCAAAUUCUACAAGGGCGUCCACAAAGCGAUCCUAUCGGCUGUUAUAGCCGCAUCGAUGGAUUGCUCUGGAGUGCCCACCGUCAUCGUCUCCAGCCCCGUGCAUCAUGGCAGUGGCCGUACCCAGGUGGGCAACCACUGCCGCCAUAUCCUCCAGGUCGUUGAAAUUUGA